AUGCAACGGGGAUCAGCAAGACCCCAACGAACUCAAAACAACAGUAAUGGCAACUCGACUGGCAGUGCGACGAGGCACCACCAACAACAGUCAAACGAUGAUCGACCAGCCAUAAUUCGUGAAAAGGAACAAGAGCUUUGCGAACUUUCCAAAAUUAAAAAGCAAAGUGAAGAACUCGUCCAUUUCUUUGAAGAAUUACAGCAGAACAUGCACAACCUAGCCGAAGAUGUAAAAGGCACGGCAGACACCCUUACAAACUGGAAUCACGUUUUCCGUAUCAUGGCAUCAACCGAAGAUGAAGACCCAGACGCGAGCCCAAUGUUUGUGCGCAUGCCAAUGAAGGACUCCCAGGCUUCUUCGUCUUCAUCAGAGUCAAUAUCAUCAUCAUUGGCAUCUUCUUCCUCUACUCCUCAACAGCAACAGCGUCAGCCACAACAAUCACAUCAGCACCGUCUGCGGCAACGUCAACGGCAAUAA